AAGUAUGCGAGACUUAACUGCGCAAGUGACUAGUGAUCUUCUGCACUUCCCACAAGUGACUAUUAAAGCUCUUGGAGAAAACGAAAUAACAUUAGAAUCUGUACUUCAUGGGAAAUUUGCUGCAGGGAAGACUGGACUUGCUUGCUUAGCUUAUGGUCCACAACUUGAGGUAGUAAACUCUAUAACUGGAGAGCGAUUGUCUGCGUAUAGAUUCAGUGGACUAAAUGAACAGCCUCCUACAGUUCUAGCAGUGAAAGUAUUCUCUUGGCAGAAGAGAACUGGUUUGUUAGUAGGUCUGGAAGAAGCAGAGGGAAGUGUUCUCUGUCUUUAUGACCUUGGAAUAUCAAGAGUGGUUAAAGCAGUUGUUCUUCCUGGAAGGGUAACAGCUGUUGAACCUAUAAUUAAUCAUGGAGGAGCCAGUGCAAGCACUCAACAUUUACACCCAAGUCUACGAUGGCUUUUUGGAGUGGCAGCCGUAGUAACUGAUGUUGGACAGAUCCUUCUUAUUGACCUUUGUUUGGAUGACUUGUCAUGCAGUCAAAGUGAAGCAGAAGCAUCAGACCUUGAAGUUAUAACUGGUAUUCCAGCAGAAGUACCACACAUCAGAGAAAGUGUAAUGAGAGAAGGACGCCAUCUGUGUUUCCAGCUAGUAAGUCCAACAGGAACAGCCAUUUCAACUCUUAGUUACAUAAACAGGACAAAUCAACUUGCUGUGGGUUUUUCUGAUGGCUGUCUAGCACUUUGGAACAUGAAAAGCAUGAAAAGAGAAUAUUACACACAAUUGGAAGGUGGGAGAAUUCCUGUAUAUGCUGUUACUUUUCAGGAACCUGAGAAUGAUCCUCGUAAUUGCUGCUACUUGUGGGCUGUUCAAUCUACACAAGAUAGUGAAGGGGAUAUUUUGAGCUUGCAUCUACUUCAGCUAGCCUUUGGUGAUAGAAAGUGUUUGGCAUCAGGACAAGUCUUAUAUGAGGGGUUAGAGUACUGUGAAGAAAGAUAUACACUGGACCUGACAGGUAGCAUGUUUCCUUUGAGGGGACAGACUAGUAAUACCAAAUUGUUGGGAUGCCAGAGUAUAGAGAAAUUUCGAUCUCAUGGCGACAGAGAGGAAGGCAUGAAUGAAGCUUUGUCUCCUGACACCAGUGUUUCAGUCUUUACCUGGCAAGUGAAUAUGUAUGGACAGGGAACACCUUCUAUAUAUUUAGGGCUUUUUGACAUAAAUCGUUGGUAUCAUGCACAAAUGCCAGAUUCAUUAAGAUCAGGAGAAUAUCUUCAUAAUUGCUCUUAUUUUGCACUGUGGUCACUGGAUUCUGUUGUAAGUAGGACUUCUCCACGUUACAUCUUGGAUAUAUUAGUACAUGAGAAAAGUUUAAGUCGAGGAGUUCCUCCUUCAUAUCCACCUCCUGAGCAGUUUUUUAACCCAAGUACUUAUAAUUUUGAUGCCACCUGUUUGUUAAACUCAGGAGUUGUUCAUAUAACUUGUACUGGAUUUCAGAAGGAGACUUUGACUUUUUUAAAGAAAUCAAGGCUAUCUCUCAAUGAAGUCAUUCCUGAUGGUUAUAAUCGAUGUCUUAUAGCUGGCCUUCUCUCACCCAGACUUACUGAUAUUCAGCCUUCUAGUUUAAGUCAAGAAGAACAAUUAGAAGGUAUAAUGUCAGCAGCAAUUCAGACAAGUUCCCUGGGACUUCUGACUAAUUAUAUCAAAAGGUGGAUAACAGAAGAACAACCAAAUUCCGCUGUUAAUUUGCACUUUGUUCUUGAAUGGACAUGGAAUAAAAUAGUUCUCAGAAAAAAGGAAUUGGACAAACUAUGUAUGCCAUUAUUUGAUGGUUCAUGUCGUUUCAUCGAUCCACAAACUAUACAGUGUAUUCAACAGUGCCAUUUGCUACUUAGCAAUCUUAAUACAGUUUUAAACUGUUUUUUAAUAAAAGCCCAAGAGAUCACUGAGAGAGGACGGAUGGACUUAAGCAAUAAGUGUGUGGUUACCCACUGCAUCUGUCAAUAUGCACAAGUAGUUCUUUGGUUCUGUCAUUCUGGACUUUUACCAGAAGGCUUAGAUGAUGCUGUGCAGUUGUCAAGGUUAUGCUACAACUAUCCUGUAAUUCAGAACUACUACACCAGUCAGCGGCUGAAGUGUGAGCGUUUAUCAAGAGGCAAGUGGAAAUCUAACUGCUUGAUGAUUGAUGAAAUGGUUUCUCAGUUAGGAGAUAAAGUUGAAAAGUUGUGGAGACGAGAUGAAGGAGGAACAGGAAAAUAUCCCCCUGCUAGUCUGCAUGCACUGCUUGAUAUUUACCUGUUGGACAACGUUAGCGAUGAAGACAAACAUUCAAUUACCAUUUAUUUGCUACUUGAUAUUAUGUAUUCUUUUCUAAACAAAACGGACACUUGCAUUGAAUCUUUUCCAACUGCUUUUGCCAUUUCUUGGGGCCAGGUUAAACGUAUUCAGGGGUUUUGGUUGAUAGAUCAUAAUGACAAUGAGAGUGGUUUGAAUCUUCUGUUUCAUCCAUCUACUGCAAAACCUUUGUCAUGGCAACAUUCAAAGAUUAUUCAGGCCUUCAUGAGUCAAGGCGAGCACAAACAAGCCCUCAGAUAUAUUCAAACAAUGAAGCCAGUAAUGUCCAGUGGUAGUGAUAUUAUCCUUCACCUCAGUGUUUUGCUUUUUAAUAGGUGUAUGGUUGAAGCCUGGAGUUUAUUGCGGCAACAUUCUAAUGGGUUGAAUAUAGAGGAGUUACUAAACCACACGUAUGAAGUCUGUCAGGAAGUGAGUUUAAUGGAGGAUUUACUGAAGUUACCGUUUACAGACACUGAGCAGGCAUGUUUAGUGAAGUUUUUGCAGUCCAGUGCCAGUGUUCAGAAUCAUGAAUUUCUUUUAGUUCACCAUUUGCAGCGUGCCAAUUAUGUCUCUGCUUUGAAGCUGAACCAAACUCUGAAGAUUAAUCUUAUGAAUGACCGUGAUCCUCGUCUGCGAGAGAGAUCAGUGGUUCGAAAUUCUAUAUUAGACCAGUAUGGAAAAAUUCUUCCUAGAAUCCAGCGAAAAUUAGCCAUGGAGCAAGCUAAGCCUUACCAUCUGUCCAAAUCAGUUUUUCGAGAAGUUUCUAGACCCAAACCAUUAUCAUCAGUUCCAAAGCAAGCUGUGAAAGGAACUGUGUUAACAAGAUCUGUGUUCAUCAAUAAUGUGUUAUCUAAAAUUGGAGACGUUUCGGCAAGCAGUGAACCUAAAAAUAGUGACUUACUUUACAAAAGUCCUAAAAUAGAAGAACCAUCUAUAGUAUAUUCAAUCUCAAAUCCAUGGCUGCCCGAGGCAUUUGUUGGAACACCUACUGCAUCACAAAAAAUUUCUAGACAACUGAAUUUGGUUGUUCAUCCUGCCCCCCUGCCUUCUGAAUGUUUUGGAUUUAUUCAGCAAACCUCUGCAAGAUCUCCUUUGUAUCUGGCCUCCAGUUCAUUGCCCUUAAAUUCACAAUUUAAAAGAUCGCAUCAAAACACCUCCAGGGCAUCAGAAUUAGAUUUACUUGAAACUCCUCUUGUAGUUAAGAAAGCUAAGAGUUUGGCUAUGUCAGUUACGUCUUCUGGAUUUGCUGAAUUCACUCCCCAAUCCAUCCUAAGGCCUGGUCUUCGAAUAGCACCUUCAGAGUCACCCUCUCUAUCACCCAGAAGGUCUCUUACUCCUCCUUUACGACUUAAAGAGGGUAGAAUUUCAUUUGUGGAAGAAGACAUGAACACAGAACAGACUGCUGGUGCUUCAGAUGAUAGCAAAGCCAAAGUGUCUGUUACUAUACCUUUUCAAAAAUGUGACGUUCCAGCAGAAACUGAAUGCCUGAAGAAUAAAGAUAAGACCACGUCUUUUUCCCUGAACAGCCCUGAAAAGGACCACCAAGGAAUGAAUCUGAGGUCACAGAAUACACCCUCAGAAAGUUUGGAGAAACUGGAUGUGAGCAAAGAAAACAGCAAUGCUUCUUUCAGAUCAGACCAGACUUCUUUAGAAUAUCAGGAUGCACUGUCCUCGGGAGAUUUUGAAGAUAUUCUUCUUGCAGACUCUAAACCAGCAAGUUCUUCCACUGAGCUAGAUAAUAAUUUAACUGAACAGACUGAAAAAGUCAGUGAUGAAGAUGUGUUUGAGUUAAAAGUAACUCCUUCAGAGAAACAAAUGGACCCUUUAGAAGACACAGAAGCAAAGGAUCUUUUAGUUGCAGAGGCGACAUUUUCAGAAUUAAAUCACUUAAGCUCCGUUCAAAGAGUUGAAACUUCUCUUUGUGUACCACCAAUCUAUGAAGGAAAAAUCCCCACCAUGAAGCUCAGGUUACCAGAGUUGGAUGAAGGACUGAUAUCUGCUGAAACCUGCACCUCUGCAGUUAGAUUGGAUAACAAUAAAUCUAUGGCCAGUGUCCUUGGUAAUAGUGGAAACUCUGGGCUCCCUAUUCCUGAAGGUCCUAUUAACUCCGACCAUAAGCUUGACCUGGAAGCAGCACUACACUUAAAAGAAGAUCAGGAAAUAGAAGUUGAUUUACUAAGCGAAAGUGUUGACUUACCAGAAGAAAAGCCUCCAAUUUCUGACAGUGCUCCUGAUGCUCAAGAAAUUCAUGUGAUUCAACAUGAAAAGCUUGAAGCUCAAGAUUCAGGAGAAGCAGCUCAGAAUAUUUCAUUUAAUGAAUAUAAUUUUGCUGCCAUUGAGCAACAGUUUUGUGACUUGCCCAGUGGUAAAGAUGCUGCUGAAUGUGACAUUGCUGAAAUAGAUGGGGAACUUUUUGUGACUCAGAGUAACUUUACCUUGAUACUGGAAGGUGAAGAAGGAGAAGUUGAGGCAGGUGAUUCCACAUCAUCUAAUGUGUUACCUAAAGCAGCUAGCACAGCAACUGAGGAAGAACUUGUGGAGAGUGGAGAAAAUGAUAAUUAUGGACUUGCUGCAAAUUUGCCGGCUAUCAUAACAAGUGAUCAAGAGUCCCAGAAGGUAGAGACUUUACCAUAUGUGCCUGAACCAAUAAAAGUAGCAAUUGCCGAAAAUCUAUUAGAUGUAAUUAAAGACACACGAAGUAAAGAAAUUACUUCAGAUACAAUGGAACAGUCUGUUCAUGAAAAUAUACCUUUAAUAAGCCAAAAGGUAAUGCGUUCCAGCAAAUUAGUCAGAUCUACAUCUAAGACUGUUCAGGAAACAAGCACAGUGUCAUGCCAGGUUGAUGAUAUGGUUUCCUCCAGAACUCGCAAGAGAGGACAACGCAUCCAAAACCUAAAUAUCAAAUCAGCACAACAGGAAGAGUCAGUUGUUGCUACUAAGAUGCUGAGGAAGAAGAAAACUAAAAAAGCAAAAGAAAUUUCUGAGACUUCUGAAAGUGCCUAUUCAGAUAUUGAAGGAAUAUCUCAGAAACAGCAAAUGCUUCAAAAUUCUGUUACUCCUAGGAGAGGAAGGAGACAAAAAGAAAUAAAUCAAGACAUAUCCAAAAAUAUUAAUUCUAUGGAGCAAGAAUUACAGGUUCCUACAGGUAAGAAACUUAAAAGGUCAAAAUCAUCUCAGCUGUUGGAACCAGCAGUUGAAGAAACAUCUUUUAAAAAAGAAGUUACACUUUCACCUGUUACAAAAAAGACUCCUAGAAGAAUUAAAAAGUCUGUAGAAAAUAAGGAAAGUAUUGAAAUUGUAAAUGAUCUAAAAGUUAGUAAAGUAGCAAGUCCUAACAGAACUAUCAGAAAAUUGAGAAGUGCUAAUUUAGAAGUGUCUGAAAAUAAAGGAUAUAAACAAUAUGAGAAAUCCAGUGACCAGCAGCCACCUAUUCGACGUACAAGAAAGGUCAUUGAGAAAGAGGUGAGUGCAUCAAGUGUAAUAGAAGACUCUAAACUUGACUCAUCCCACUUUACUCUUCAGGCAGAAUUUGAUAUGCCUGCUAUACCUAGGAAACGUGGUAGACCAAGAAAAACACACCCAUCUGACAAUGUAGAAUCCAAGGCUGUUGAGGAAGAGAAAAGUCAUAAGAAAGUGCUCAGCAUCCAGAGGAGAUCUACAAGAAAUACCCCAGCUAAAAGCAAGAAUAUUAGCAUUGGAAAACCAGCUUUAGAAAAAUCUAUUUUAGUGCCAAACGAGGAACUUUCUAUGGUGAUAAACUCUAAGAAAAAACUUUCAGAAAAAAAUGAAAAUCAAAGCCAAAAACAUAGAUUACACUCAGAAGAAUGCACAGAUGAAGUGACGCACAAAGAAUCAAGUGGCCAAGAAGAAAGAUUGCUUGCCACAACUUCUUUUACUAAAUCAUCCCGUAGCACAAGGACUAGAUCUAGCAAAGCCAUCUUGUUGCCAGAUUUUUCUGAACCAAAAAAUGAAACUUUGUUACGUUCUCCUGCAUCAAAAAUUCCAAGGAAAGAAAAAGCUAAAAGUAUAGAGGCUCCUACCCAGCUGAAAGAAUUAGUUUCGGAUUUACCUUCUCAGAUUGUCCUCUCACCUCCUGCUUUGAGAACCAGGCGAAAGAACACAUCUAAUAUGCCCAAGCUUGUAGAUGAACUGAAAGAUGAUGCUAAAUUAGUAAAAACUAUGGAAGGACAAAAAAUGAAAAGAACCAGGCCUGCAGAAACCAAACAGGCAAGCAGAAAUACAGAAAAAGAAAGUGCUUGGUCACCUCCCCCAGUAAAAAUUAAACUGCUUUCUCCUUUGGCAAGCCCAAUUGAUGAAGUAAAGACCAAACCAAGAAAAAUUUCAGAAGUAACAGAAAAAGCUCUUGGAAGAGGCAGAAAGAAACUGUCUUCCUUUCCAAAGCAAGUUUUACGCAGAAAAAUGCUGUAAUUUUUUUGAAAGUUUUUAAUGUACACCUAUUUGUAAAGUCAUCAGAUUAUUAAAAAUUGUCUACUUUGGGAGAAAGUAAUUUAUAAAUUAUUGUAAAUUUUUGUAAACAGAAGAUCUUCAGUAAGCAAAGUACUCCAUACAGAGUGUGAUUCUUUCAGUCCAAGCAGUUUUUCUAUUUUAUAUUAAUACUUCAUACAUUUAUAUAAUAUGUAAAUAUGACUUAUUGGAAUGUUGAAUAAAGUAUACUUCACAGUAGUUCGUGUCUGUUAGAUUUUUGAAGGAGUAUUUCUGUUUUGAUAAUGGUUUUAUAUUCUAGUAGGCAUUGGUCCCAUUUUCUUUCUCUAUAGUUAAAAUAUUAGACCAAUCUCAAAAUGAGGAUAAUUGAACUAAUGGUUUUUUUACGGUUGCUAUUUUAUAAUUUAUGCACUUUGAUUGUGAUUAAGAUUUCUAAUCAUAAAAUGUAUUUUUUUGUUUUGGUUUGGCUGUUACUAUAUUGAAAAUGAAAUACAGGCUUGUAAUUUUGCCAUCUUUUGUAGUUUCACAAAUUUUGUGUAAUCUACCUCAAAUGAGUAAUUUUCUAAGUAAUGCAUUGGUUAACUAUACUGUUGGCAUUUCUUGUUCAGCAAGCAUAAAUGCUCUUUAUCUUUAAGGUCUCUAAAUUAUUCAGAGGCUAAUUAUCCAGGUUAGAUUGACCGGUUCACUGCUCACUGGCAACCUCAUAAAAGGUUUUAAGAAGGAAGGGAAAUGUAAAAUAAAUCUGUAUAAUGGAUAUUCAAUGCACUUUUGUGUGCCUAAUAUUGAAAGGAUAUGGAGUUUGAAAAAGUUUUAUAAAGUUGCUGUGAAAGAACUUGCUACUGAAUCACAGAUAUCCUUUAAUAUUUCAGGUUUUAAAACUGGCAAAUUAUCACAGGACCUCAGGCACAGAUUAUUGAGAAUGAGGAGAGUGUGAAUAGAUGUGGAAAAAGAAAAAAAAAACCAUAUUCUCUGAAGUACAACUGUGUGCAAUUAAAUAAUAAUACUUGAUUUAGGCCAUAAAAUUCAUCAAUAAAUAAAUGUUGUAAAAUAAUUUAUAACAGGUAAUUGAUAGUCUGUAACGAUUGGACCAUCAAUAAUUGAUCAUGUAGAAACAAGCUGCUUUUGUUGGCUAAGCUUUUAAUGUUUUAAUGUGAAGUAUGAGCAGUGUGCUUUCUGCAUUAUUUUUCUACCAAAUAACAAUAUGAAUAAUGGGAAAAUGAUGAAAAUGCCUAUGCCAAGUAUUGACAGUGUGAAAGUAGCAGUACGAGUGCGGCCUUUUAGUCAGGUUAGUGAUAAAUGUACAUUGCCUUGUUGAAAAUUUAACUGACUUUGAUUUUAUUAAUUUUUUACUGAUAGUUAUCAAACUUGUAUUUAAGCUGCUUGUCAUUUAUGGAAUAUUGAACUUAUUUAAAUGAACUUGUUAAAUGAAUAAUUUAAAAAUCUGAACACAAUUCAGUAUACACUUAAUUUCAUUCCUUUGCGCAAGUAGCACAAUAAAAAAAUUGACAAGAAAUGUACUGUCAAUAAUUUUUUAAACCAAUACAAUUUGAUGAAUAUGUGGGUAUCUGUUUUAGUUUUCCCUUCUGUAAAAGUAAAUCAUAAGCAAACAAAUUGCCAGUUCUAAUGAACUUUAUAUAUUUUAAAUGUUUAUGUACUUAUGUAUAAAUGUGUUUAUAUAGUUUUUUUUUUAAAUACUCAUUAAAAUGUGUUGCUACAUUUUAGGAUGACACAUGAAUCAUA